GCUAACCACAGUGCCUGGGAAGUGGAUGAGAGGAGCUGUGCAGAGAGUGGAGAGCAGUGCUGGCCAUGGAGAUGUCAGCCCCAACCCUCCUGGCAUUGCUCAGCCUAACAGCAACUACUUGCAAUACCCAGGAUACCUGCCCAGAAGUAAGAAUAGUGGGACUGGGUGACGCUGAACAGCUUGCCCUUCUCCAAGGAUGCCCAGGGAUCCCAGGUGCCUCUGGCUCAAAAGGAGAACCAGGUGUCCCAGGAACAAAAGGUGAAAUGGGAGCUCUGGGCCUCCCUGGGAAGGCAGGACCACCUGGUGCAAAAGGGGCAGCUGGAGAGCCUGGCUUCCCAGGACCGAAAGGUAAACCAUGCUGCCUUGAGAGGGCAGGGUGUGGAAGGUGAAAACCAGUUGAUGAUGUUGUUUGUCUAACAGGAACAAAAGGAGAGCCUGGAUUUCCAGAAACAUGGGCCAGGAACUGCCAAGACCUCUUGGGUAAAGGAAAGAUCCUGAGUGGCUGGUACACCAUCUACCCCCAGGGCUGCAACGCCACCACUGUCUUCUGCGACAUGGACACAGAUGGUGGAGGAUGGAUCGUGUUCCAGAGGCGCUGGGAUGGGUCUGUGAAUUUCUUGCGAGGCUGGGAUUCAUACAAAAGAGGCUUUGGCAGCCAGCUGACAGAGUUCUGGCUGGGCAACGACAACAUCCACUUCCUCACCUCACUGGAACCCUGUGAACUCCGUGUUGACCUGAGGGACUUUGAGAACAAUUACUAUUUUGCUAAGUACGCCUCCUUUAGAGUGUUGGGAGAGCUGGAGAAGUACAAACUGGUUCUAGGAGACUUCCUUGGUGGAAAUGCUGGAGACUCCUUCUCGUACCACAAGAACAUGCCAUUCUCAACCACAGACCAGGACAAUGAUUUGAGCUCCCUGAACUGUGCCACAGAAUACAAGGGAGCCUGGUGGUACAACGACUGCCACUACUCCAACCUGAAUGGGAUGUACUGGCUGGGUGCCCACAGCAGCUACGCUGAUGGCAUAAACUGGAAGACAGGCAAGAACUAUCACUACUCCCUGCAGAGAACAGAAAUGAAGUUCAGGCCAACCUGA